CCCCUUUGGAGCUGGGUUCAUAUUCUUCUUUACUAGCUCUGGCUUUGUUGCGGCGAGGUCUGAUUCCUGAGGAGUGAAGACAGAGGACAAAACAAAAGCAAUGGCGACGGAGUUGGAAGAAUUGCUGGAUUUCCUAUCAUCCCCUUCUCCUCCAUUGAAAAGGGCAGCUGUGGACAUUGUUCGAGGUUUAACUGGAUCUGUGGAUGGUAUGCAAUCCCUUGCUGAAUAUUCUAAAGUGGUGUUGGCAAAAUUAUCUGACCUUUUGGGGGAUCCCAAGGAAGUAUCAGAACCUGCUGCAGAGUCACUUGUAAAUUUAUCCCAGAACUUCGAUCUGGCUGAGCAAAUGAUAUCUACAGGAAUGGUUAAAAAAGCCAUGGACCUUUUAUAUAAGCCAGAGUAUGCUGUCAGGCACUUGCUGGUUAUGCUUCUAGUAAAUCUUACUCAGCUGGAUGCUGGUAUAGCUUCCUUACUCCAGGUUGAAGAUGAGAAAAUGCAAGGAUUGUAUGUUAUGAAGCUUGUUAGGUCAUUUUGUAGGUCCCCUGAUGAAAACCAAGGUGAUCCAUUUGAGCAUGUUGGCUCUAUACUCGUAAAUAUUUCUAAAAAAGAAGCAGGAAGGAAAAUUUUGUUGGACCCCAAACGUGGGCUUCUAAAGCAGAUAAUUAUGCAAUUCGAUUCGACAAGUCCAGUGCGUAAAAAGGGGGUUUCAGGAACUAUUCGUAAUUGCUGCUUUGAAGCUGAAAAUCAGUUGGCGAACCUGCUUUUGACAUCAGAGUUUCUUUGGCCCGCUCUGGUUUUGCCUGUAGCUGGAAACAAGCUAUACAGCCAGCAGGACACAUUGAAGAUGCCUCGUGAACUUGGAAACGCUCUCUCAAUUGAGCGUGAACCUGUUACUGAUAGCGAGAUUCGUGUCCAAACAUUGGAAGCUAUAUACUUGAUUGUCUUACAGGAGGCUGGUCGAAGAGCCUUUUGGUCGAUUAAUGGUCCUAGGAUUCUACAAGUAGGGUAUGAAGAUGAAGAGGAUCCAAAAGUAAUGGAAGCCUAUGAGAGAGUUGGAUCUCUGUUGGUUGAAACAAGUGGGGCAGAAUAAUAUGGUUAGCUACAAGCAUCUUUACAGUUGGACAUGCAAAUUCUGGAGUUCAUAUUUGUACGAUGGUUUGCUUUGUUUGAUUAGCAUCUGUAUUAAUGGAGAAGAAAAUCAUUUUGUAUUACUUCCUUCGUUCCAUAAUAAGUGAAACACUUCUCUAAAAAAGCUCUCACAUAAAGGAGAGAAGUGUUUCACUUAUUAUGGACCGGAGGAAGUAUAUUUUAGGUUAACACUUCCUCUGUUUCUUUGUUUUUUACACUUUUUAACACAUUUUUGUCAUUAAUAUAUCCAACUAUUUAUUACUAAAACUAUAUAAAGAUUUGUUUUUGUUUUU